CUCGUCAUGGCUUCCGGGCUGGUGAGACUGCUCCAGCUGGGGCCUCGCUGCCUUUUGGCUGCAGCCACCCCUGCGCUCGCCCCGCCGGUUCGGGGGGUGAAGAAGGGAUUCCGCGCCGCCUUCCGCUUCCAGAAGGAGUUGGAGAGGUGGCGCCUGCUGCGCUGCCCGCCCCCGCCCGUGCGCCGUUCAGAGAAGCCUAACUGGGAUUACCAUGCUGAAAUACAAGCUUUUGGACAUCGAUUACAGGAAACCUUUUCCUUAGAUCUUCUCAAAACUGCAUUUGUUAAUAACUGCUAUAUUAAAAGUGAAGAAGCAAGACGUCAAAAACUUGGAAUAGAGAAAGAAGCUGUUCUUCUGAAUCUUAAAGAUAAUCAAGAACUGUAUGAACAAGGACUGUCUUUUUCACAAACAUGCCUCACACAAUUUCUUGAAAAUGAGUUCCCAGACUUGCCCACUGAAGGCAUCAAAAAUGUAGUUAACUUUCUUAUUGGUGAGGAAGUUGUGUGUCAUGUGGCUAGAAACUUGGCUGUGGAGCAGUUAACACUGAGUGCAGAAUUUCCAGUCCCCCCACCUGUAUUGCAGCGGACUUUCUUUGCAGUGAUUGGAGCUCUGCUACAAAGCAGUGGAUCAGAGAGGGCUGCACUUUUCAUUAGGGACUUCUUAAUUACUCAAAUGACUGGAAAAGAGCUCUUUGAGAUGUGGCAGAUAAUAAAUCCCAUGGGACUACUUGUGGAAGAAUUGAAGAAGAGAAAUAUUCUGGCUCCUGAAUCUAGACUUACUAGACAGUCUGGCAGUACCACAGCUUUGCCUUUGUAUUUUGUUGGCUUAUUCUGUGAUAGGAAGUUGAUUGCAGAAGGACCUGGAGAAACAGUAUUGGUUGCAGAAGAAGAAGCUGCUCGAGGGGCACUUAGAAGACUCUAUGGAUUCACAGAGAAUAGAAGGCCCUGGGACUAUACCAAGCCGAAACGGAGCUUGAGAGCAGAAAAGACCAGCACUGCCGGCUAUCCAACUGGAGAUGAGCCAAACAAGAAGACAGGCUGUGUUACCAACAUCAGACAAGUGUUUAGCAGGUCAUGAUUUUGUUUUUUUCCGUGAUACUGGAGUUUGAACUCAGGGCUUUGGAUUGCUAGGCAGGUGCUCUACCACUUGAGCCAUACUCCCAGCCUUUUUUCCUUUGGUUAUUUUUAGGAUAAGGUCUUGUGUUUUUUGCCUGCAUGGGCCUGGAUAUCUCAAUCUCCUGCUUACUUUUCCUGGGUAGCUGGGAUGACAGGUGUGAGCCACCAUGCCUAGUUUUUUUUUUUGUUGUUGAGAUACAGAGUCUCACGAACUUUUUGCCCAGGC